UGUUCCCAGACUGGACGCCAGGCAUGGCGGUGCCGCGGGACAUUGCAGCCGCCUAUCUGCUGCAGGGGAGUUUCUACGGCCACUCCAUCUACGCCACGCUGUACAUGGACACCUGGCGCAAGGACUCGGUGGUCAUGCUUAUCCACCACGUGGUCACCUUGGUCCUCAUCGUCUCCUCGUAUGCCUUCCGAUACCACAACGUGGGCAUCCUUGUGCUCUUUCUGCACGACUUCAGCGAUGUGCAGCUGGAGUUCACCAAGCUCAACAUUUACUUCAAGGCCCGAGGCGGCUCCUACCAUCGGCUACACGCAGUGGUGGCAGACCUGGGCUGCCUCAGUUUCUGCUUCAGUUGGUUCUGGUUCCGCCUCUACUGGUUCCCGCUUAAAGUCCUGUAUGCCACGUUCCACUCCAGCCUGCUCGCGGUGCCCGACAUCCCCUUCUAUUUCUUCUUCAAUGCGCUCCUGCUGUUGCUCACCGUCAUGAACCUCUACUGGUUCCUGUACAUCGUGGCCUUCGCUGCCAAGGUGCUGACUGGCCAGAUGCGCGAGUUGAAGGACCUGCGGGAGUACGACAUGGCAGAAUCCCAGAGCCCCAAGCCCAGCAAAGCUGAGAAACCGCUGAGGAACGGACUGGUGAAGGACAAGCGCUUCUGAACCCCUGGACCCCCUUCCCCACCUCCCAGAUCCGGCCCCGCCCCCAG